AUGGCGAAAGUCCUCAGACGCAAGCAGCAUAUAUACACUCUGCUGACCUACAUGGGCCGAAAACCACCAAACAAGCCUCCCAGACUCACCCACCUGGGCAGUCAGCUCGAUGUCGUCGGGCCAAACUGGCAGUCACAAUCCCUCAGCGGGUGCUCCUCAUUCGGCGAAGACCGCGAAAAUGCGACUUGUGGGAGGCAGCGAACAGGCCUGAUGCGGAGCGGAGGGAGACAAGCAACUAGGACUGCUAGGCGGGAAGCAGGAGAGGGAGAGGCAUGGAAGAAGUCAGGGAGGCCGCAAAGUUUCCCGGUCACCACAACAAAAGCCCUCACGCUGCUGGGCUGGCGGAGGUACUCUACCCAGAGGGACUAUGUCCAGCAAGGUGUUCCACCUACGUACCGCAGAAAGAUGCACCUCGGUGAACUGUGUAUGCAUGGCAGGCUAGUACCCAGUCAGGGAAUUGGCUGA